CUCCACCCUGGUCUUCACUGUUCCAGGAAAUGUUGUCCACCACUCCUUCACAUCUGGCUGCUGCUGCUGCUCAGCACACACCAGGACAGGCCUGAGAGGCAGAGAGGCAGGUUGCGGAACAACUUCAUAUCAAACUGUUUACCAAAUCUCUUUGGUACUUUGGACAUUUUUUGGAAGCAGAAAGGGUGUGGCUGAGGCUGACACCGGAGAGCAUUGACAUUUCUCAUUUUUUCGCUGGGAAUUAAAAGCACCAGAUUGUUUGCUGCUGUCGCGCCUCUUAUUUGGCGUCAUGUCCAGGUCAGACUACCCUCCAGGGUAUGAUGACUCCCAUGGCCCGCUGUACGCACCACAGGGCGGGUCUUAUCCACCACCCCCUGCCUAUGGCUUCCCCGCCUAUGGUGGUCCCCAGCCAGGCCAGCCCUCUGCUCCUUACCCCACUGGUCCCAACGUCCCUUUGUACCCAGGCCAGCCGGGGGGCUACCCUCCCGGUCCUUACCAGGGACAGCCUCACCCCGCUGGGCCUCCAGGAGCAGGCUAUCCUCCUCCCAUGCCCCCUGUUGUCCCACCUACAAUACCAUCAGAUGUCCUGAGCUCUGGUGAUGGGUUUGCGGCGAGCGGCAGCGGUUGGGACAGUCUGAGCAUUCGGCACGCCUUCAUCAGAAAGGUGUAUUUGAUCUUGGCGUCUCAGCUCCUCGUCACCACAGGCAUUGUGGCCAUUUUCACCUUUGUCCACCCAGUCAAAACCUUCGUACAGGAAAACAGAGCUGUCUACUGGGCAUCAUAUGCUGUGUAUAUCGUCACCCACCUUGUGCUGGUCUGCUGUAAAGGCCCCCGGAGGAAGUUCCCAUGGAAUGUCAUUCUGCUGCUCAUCUUUACUCUAGCUUUGUCCUACAUGACUGGAGCCAUAUCCAGUUAUUACAGCACAAAAGCAGUGUUUCUUGCUCUGGGUAUCACCGCUGUCGUUUGCAUCGCCGUCACCGUCUUCUGCUUCCAGACAAAGGUCGACUUCACCAAGUGCCAGGGCCUCUUCUGUGUCCUGGGCAUCGUAAUAUUUGUGACUGGCAUCAUCACAACCAUUGUGCUGUCCUUCAAAUAUAUUCUAUGGCUUCACAUGCUUUACGCAGCUUUGGGAGCCAUAGUCUUCACUAUGUUCCUAGCGUACCACACACAGCUGCUGAUAGGGAACAGGAAACACUCCAUCAGUCCAGAGGAGUACGUGUUCGCUGCGCUCUCCAUUUAUGUUGACAUCAUACAGAUCUUCCUUUUCCUGCUGCAGAUUAUCGGUGCUUCCACCAAAUAAGUCUACAAGAGUGCAGCUUGGGGAGGCAGCGUGCAGACAAGCACCCAGCUGCCAAACCAUUCCGUGCUUCUUAAAGCCUUCGCUUGUUUUCAGUCAGAAUCAGAAAACAUUUAUACAAUCAUGGUGCACUUCAGGGAACAGAUUGAAGGGCUCAAUUUGAGAUUUUGUCAUAGUAUAGGCUAAUCCUAUGCACAAAAAUGCACUUUUUUCUGAAAUCUGUAUUUGUUUGUAUCUGCAUUAAGCAAUGUACCAGUGGUUAGCAAAGAAUAUUAACUCUACAAUAUAAAUAUCUGUGGACAUUGGAACGCACGCUGCGACAUUUAUUCAUUCAUUCAUUCUUGCUGGACUUCAGUUAAGGCCGACAGUGUCUGAACAUUUUACUCUGCAUGUAGAAAUACCGCUACACAUGAACAGACUCCCGUCUGUUUAAAUGUUGAGAAAAUGGACAAAUAUGUUUGUUCAAAUUUUCAGAUUUGCCAACGCAGAGGCAAUCUCUCUUGUUGCCCUUGAAGUACAGUAGGGGUGGGCAUUGUCCAAAAAUUUGGCUUUGAUGCAAAAUACCCACCAGCACCUCUGAAGCUCACUAGUUAACACACAUUUUGUUUGUUUAAUCCAUGAAAUAAGCAAAAUAUUAAAAUGCCAGGUUAUGCUUUAACAGGGAUUACAUUCUACACAUUUUCUCGUCCAUGAGCUGUAAAUUCCUACAGUCUCAACUGGAUGUGCCAUUUUUACACUUUGGUUUUUAUAUGCAUUAAACAAGCAAAUACAAUGUGUUGAUUAGUGAGCGUUAGAGGCUGGUAGGUGGAAUUUUAUCUAUGAUGAGCGCCUGGCUCACUGUUCCGCCUUUUCCAGUCAUUAUGCUAAGCUAAGCUAAAUGCAACAGCUAGCUCACUGUAGUUUCAUAUUUACCGUACGGGGAUGAGAGCAGUAUCCGUCAUCUCAUCUAGCUCUCAGCAAGAAAGUCUCUCAAAAAUAUUGACCUACUGCUUCUAUCACAUGGAAGUUUAAAAUUCAAAGUAGGGUUUAACAGUAAAUCAGUGUUCAGUGUGAACGCAUUGAACUAACAUAUGUAAAGCAAACAGUGCUGCUCUCAGAUGAGUGCCGAUGUACCCAAAAUGUGAUGUUACAUAAUGUACGAUAUAACACUUGGACAUCUGGUAUUGAUCCUGAGUCACUAGUAUGGAUAUGCUCAACACUUACUAUUUGUAUUAUCAGUACUUAAAGGAUUGACAUGCCCACCCCUGAAGUACAGCUCAGUGACGACAGCCUCAGAUCUGCUGGUUCAUGCCAGCAAGACUUUGCUGAUGGUCUUUGAUACAUGUGUUGCUCUAUUGUAUUUACAUUCUACAUCACUAUAGUGCCUUCACAAUGACAAUGUUUGUGAGAUUACAUUUUUUACUUUAAGAUGUACAGGGUUAUACUCAUAAGCUUUUAUAGUAUUGUUACAUACUGUAUGUAUCUGUUUAUAUAUUCUUGUUUACAGUCAGAUCUGGGUCAGAUGCUGAGUGUGCCAGCAGGGUGGGGUUUUCCACAUGGGACAGCACAAUCAUUCCCGUUGAAACACUGUCAAGAUUUCCAAAGUCAGAGCGCUACAGCCAAACUGCCUCACUGUCCAAAACCUCUUGACAUAAUCAACCCCACCCGGCUGGUCCUCCACCCAGACCAAAGUUUCAUAUAACCCUAAACUCUCAACAGAUAUGGCAACAUUCUGACUGUGUGGCAUAGAUAGUAAGGGGUAUGGGUUUGUAAAUAUACAUAUCAAUGCUGAAGAGAAUCCAUUUGCCUUUUCAUAUCAAAUAAAAGAUUUUUAUUUGAAAUUGA